GGGAAACGGAGAGGAAUGCGCGGGCCUCUCCUGCCCUGUCCCGGGAGGCUGCGGCGGGCGGAGCGGAGGGUGCGGGCAGUGCCUGGCACCUGCGCGGCGGGCGGGGCAGAGCCCGGGGCGGUGCUGGGUGCUGGCCCGGCCCGGCCUUCAGCGGCUGAGCCCCUGAGUUCGGGAGGCGGCAGCUGCGGCGGCGCAACAGGUUAUCGGCGCGGAGCGGAGCGAGUCCCAGCGGUGCCCAUGGCCGGCCGCGGCCUCGCCGCCGAGCAGGGCUACAUCCGCACGGUGCUGGGCCAGCAGAUCCUGGGGGAGCUGGACAGCUCCAGCCUGGCGCUGCCCUCCGAGGCUAGGCUCAAGCUCUCGGGCGGCCGUGCCGGGGAGGAGAAGGCGCUGCGCAUCCAGCGGCAGGUCCAGCAGACGCUGGCCAGGAAGAGCCGGGGCUCGCUGUACAACGGAAGUUUGCACCGUGCAUCCAGUGUUCCAGAGCGUGUCUAUAACAUGGGGAUUACUGAAAAUGAUUUUGCACCAAGAACUCCUUAUGGUUUCUCUUAUUAUCAGUCAAACCAGGUUGCCUCACCAUCCUCUUACACAAAUGGUUGUGGGACAAGUUUUACUUACAAGACAGUGGAAGAGAGAGCUCAAAGGCAGCCGCUGAAGAGGCUAGAGGUUUCACCACAGCAAAGUCCUGAAAGACUGGCAUAUGUGUCCAAUGAUUAUCACUACGAUGGAGGAAUUUCAACUGGAUUCUCCAUGAGGCAUGGAGAUAACAGGAGACCCAACGGAACUGUUCCACCAAGAUAUGCUCGGUCUGAGAUUGUUGGUUACACUCUUCGUGAUUCAGUGAGCAGGGGACGCUCUUUUAAGAGACAUUCCCACAUGGGGGCUGUUAGUGAUGCAGUCCUUGAUGGUGUUUACCCCAGCCCCACUGUACCUCUGUACCAUCAAGCAGGCAACAGUCGCAGUAUGUCCAACCUUUUGGAGAAAGAGAACUACCUGACCUCAGGCAGUGCAAUGGGACAAGUGAGAUCACCAGUUGCUUCGCGUUUUGGAUCUCAGAAUAGGCAAUCUUUAAGGUCCAACUGGUACCAAACUACUUUCAGAAGCACACAGACCAGGAGGGAAGCUUCCCAGCCAGCUUCAAUAGCCAGCGUUGCUGCAGAAACAGAUGGGAAGAGGAUGCCAUUGACAGCUGCUGUGGCAGCAGCUGGGAGAAAUGGUUUCCUGCAGAGUGAACAAGUCACCAUCAAUGGCUCUCAGCUGGGGAGCCCAGAAGGGGAGAUGACUCUGGAGCGUGCAGUGAGCAUACUGAAGAGUGAAAAUACACAGUCCACACCUAGGAUUCUUGCUGCAGUUACUUUCAUACAGCAUGAAUGCUUCCAGAAAGCAGAUGCCAGAAGGAAAGUUUUCUCACUUGGUGGUAUCCCCAAGCUUUUACAGCUUCUUGAUGUUCAGAAUGAGGACGUUCAGCGGGCAGCAUGUGGUGCAUUGAGAAACUUGGUGUUUGAGGACAAUGACAACAAACUGGAAGUGUCAGAGCAGAAAGGGAUCCCACUCUUGCUGCGCCUACUCCGAAACACCAGGGAUGUAGAGACUAAAAAGCAAAUAACAGGUUUGUUGUGGAAUUUGUCCUCCAAUGACCAGCUGAAGCACCUGUUGAUUAGAGAAGCCCUUCAGACACUGACAGAAGCUGUUCUCAUCCCUUACUCGGGCUGGCCGGAUAGAGAUUACCCAAAAUCAAGUGUUUUACCUGACCCUGAUAUCUUCUACAAUGCCACAGGAUGCUUGAGAAAUAUGAGCUCUGCUGGCCCAGAAGGAAGGAAAAAGAUGAGAGAAUGUGACGGCUUAAUUGAUUCUCUUGUGUAUUAUAUUCAAGGAGCUAUUGCAGACCACGAGCCUAAUGACAAGGCCACAGAGAACUGUGUGUGCACUCUUCACAAUCUUUCCUACCAGCUAGAGACAGAGCUCCCUGAGAGCUAUGCCCAGAGCAUAUAUAUGCAAAGAAGAAAUACUUCUAGCAGUGAUAAAACACCGGGCUGUUUUGGAACACGAAGCAGAAAAGUAAAAGAGAAGCAGCAGGACACACCGCUACCUGAGGAAAAGAGCAAUCCCAGAGGUGUUGAAUCACUCUGGCAUUCCACACUGAUUAGGAUAUAUCUCUCCUUAAUAGCAAAAAGUACCAGAAACUAUACCCAGGAAGCAUCCUUGGGAGCUCUUCAGAACCUCACAGCUGGCACUGGACCAAUGCCGUUUUCAGUGGCCCGAACUGUUGUUCAGAAGGCGAAUGGCCUUCCAAGUAUUCGAACUAUGCUGCAUGUAAGCCACCCGACAGUAAAGAAGACAGCAGUCUCACUGCUCAGGAACUUGUCCCGCAACACCUCUCUUCAAAGUGAUAUAGCUAAAGAAGUUUUGCCUGAUUUGGUCUCGAUACUUCCUGAGACAGUCCCGGGGUCUGAUAUUGUCUGUGAAACCACGGCAUCCAUCUGCUACACCUUGUACAAUCUGACACAGAGCAGUUCACACAAUGCACGGCUUCUCCUGAGUGCUGACGGCCUACCGAAGAUUAUUACCAUCAGCAUGAAUGACAGUAACGUGUUCAGCAAGGCUAGUAGGGCUGCUUCAGUCCUCCUCUACUCCUUGUGGUCACAUACUGAUCUUCACAGCGCUUACAAAAAGGCUGACUUUAAGAAGGCAGAUUUCAUCAAUACCCGGACCACAAAAGCCUACAACUCACUAAAAGAUUGAAUCAGAGCAUAACACCACUGAAGACAAGUGAGAUCAUACAUCAGUUAACAUGACUAUCUUCACAGUGUUGCCACCACGAACCAGGAAGUAUCUCGGAGAAAAAAAAGAGGCUGAUUUUAUAUAAGACUGGAGUGACCAGAGGGUAGCUGUUUUGUGUUUUUAAUCCUAAUAACCUUGUUAUCACUGUAUAUAUCAAUAUAAGUAUAACCAAAGAUGGAUUCUUCAGAAUGCCUGAGGUGACAUUUCAUCCAGGUUUAUCACCAUUCAGUCAGAGCUUCAGACCUUUGUCUUUAGUCUAACAGGCAUGUAUACACAGAGGUUUGAAAUGCUGAUUAACAGCAAAUUCUUUUCAGACUGUUUUAUACAUAUAGUUUUCUACAGUAGAUAAGCAUCAAGUGCAAUGCUCAGGAGAUAACAGUUUUUCACUCUUUUGUUUCUUCCCACUUGCUGAAUAAGAAUCUCCAGAUUCUGUGAGUAUACACAAGGAGCUGUUUCACUGCUUGCAUUAUAAAAGCACCUAUGAAGUUAAAAUGAUUAUUUUUGUAUUGCUCGUAUUCAAGAGCUCACUGGUUCUUACGUCUCUUUCGUUUGAGAUUCCAUUAGCAACAGCAACAAAACUGAUUUUAAAUAGGUCUUAUUCCUUGCUUCUCUUAUCCUCCUUACCAUGGCUCUUGGAUUUAAUAACAGUGUCCAGGAAGGGGUUUUUUGAUUAGAACCACUGUGUUUCAAAUGCUGUUUCAGACACUUUGGGCUGAACUUUGAACUGUCAUUCUCGGCGAGUUAGUGGCAGCAUUAUUUGCCAGUGGUUAAGUGCUUAUUUUAAGAAAAUUGUAUUUUCAAAACAAUUCUGUUGAUAAUCUGUAUACAGUAAAGGAAGUAAAUUCUUGCCUUUAUUUUUGAGGUAAUAUAUACACACAUACAAGAGGUUAGGCUUCAUGCUGCUUAAGAAAUUAAUCUGAUCCUGCUUCACAUUCUCUCACUUGAACUCAUCAUCCUCCCGACAGCAAUUAUGUGCAGUGUGAUAACUGAAGGACUGUGUUUGCACAUGUGGGAAUACGUAACAGGAGGAGAAAAAUUCCAAAGCACCUAAAGUCUGUUUCCCUCAGAGAGGGAAAAAAAGCACUAAAAAACACCAUUUGAUACCUUCCAUAAGCAAGUUUCAUAUUAACAAAUGAGUAAUUUAAUUGUCUGUUGUACCAAUAGGAAAUUUAUAUAUAAAUAUAUAAACCUCUGUGGAUUAGAUUAUCAUCUGACAUGAUCUGGCAUUUCUCUUCUGAAAUCAGGGAAAUAAGCUACAUUCAUGGCAACAACACUUUGGCAUAUGUAUUUACAAGCCUCCUCACAUGAAUGGAGCCUGUCCUGUACCCCCAUGUUGAACUGCUGGCACAGGACCUUUUGCAGCUGUUCUUAUCUAGAAAGGGGUGCAUAAUCCUUAAAGUAGGGACCUCACUGGGGAGAUCAUCACUUCACUUUGACACUCCUGGCCAAAGGUCUAGCUCAGAAACUUACCAACUGCAAAUUGUGACAUUGCACUGUCCAAACAUAUUUUGAAUAUCAGGGAGCUAAAUUCUGCUGGUAGAUGCACAUAGUUCUCACAGGGUUCCUAGGAAGUCCCACACGUGCCUACAGAACAGAACAUGUCCUGGGGAGGUAAGCAAACAAUCCUGUUUUCCCAUCACAGAUCAUUUUCAUAGGCCUGUUAGUCCUACACAUUUGCUUUGAAUAACUCAAAUCAAAUGCAUUCCAGUAAGAGGUUUUAAAAAUACUAAAUUUUUUUUAGGAGGUCGUUUUCAAAAUACUCCAGGUCCAAAAACAACACAGAGGAAGGGAACUUACAGCACCGCAUGUGGAGGAAAUUGUUUUUGUAAUUUUUUAAAAUGUAAUAGAAAACAGACAAUUAAAAUCUAAUUUUUUUUCUUCUAACUUGUUAACCUAAGUAACACUGCAUAUGCCGUGAAUGAAUAAGCACCAGAAAACCUGGACAAGUCUACUUUUACUGCUCAAAAGCUAGCAGUAGGCAAAACUAAUAUAUGAAAAGUAACCCUGAAUAUGGAGUAGCAUGGGAAUGAAGAACUGCAGACUAAAGAUCAGAAAAGGGACUUUUAGAAAUGGUUUCAUUCUGUGAAACAAAACACCAAUGCUGGGUAUUUUUAAAUGUCCUACUUAAUAUGUCUAUCGCCCUGUAUGGUGUCCCUAAGAAGGGGAUGCAAACUUUUUUGGGGCUGUUUCUAUUGAUUCCAUGAUAUUAAAGGUCUUUUCCAACCUAAAUUAUUCUAUGAUUCUAUGAUACUGUUCCUUUAAAAUCAAGUCACAAAGGAGUAUAUUAGACCUGGCAACAACUGAAAGCCAUAAACAGAGAUGAGGAACAGUGACACACCUUAUUAUGACUGAUCUCCUACUUGUAUGUAAUCAAAAACAUUUCGCAGUACUCCAAAGAAAGCAAAGAAUGUUAGUCAGAGAAAUAAUAAAGUGUUUUCUCUAAUGCAGAA